AUGAAAACUUAUUACUUGGUAAUAAUUUUGAAGGUUGUUUUAUUACUUUUUUUUAGUUAUGAUUUUAUAUUUUUAAAGAAUGAAGAUAAAAUAAUUAAGGGUCAAGGAAGUUGGUUUUUAAAAAGGGGUUAUGACCUUUUAUUUGUUCAGAAAGAUAUAUUACCACCACAUAUAAGAAAGGAUAAUCAUAUAUCUAUUUUUUUAUGUAGAUCCUGACAAUCUCAAUAUAUUAUAAAUAAGAUAAAAAAUUAUUUUGAUAUAUUAAAUAAAGGUAGAGAUACAGAAAUGUAUUUUGAAAAUAAUAAUUAUAUUGUUGAUAAUGAUAAAAAAUAUAUUUUAUUUUUAAUGAAUAUUAAACCCCCAUUAAUAUGUACAUUAAUUUGUUAUUUUGUACUUUUUAUUUUUAUAUUAAUUGCACUUAAUAUAUAUUUUCAAAAACAUUGUGAAUUUUAUAUUCCAUCAUUUUUAUUAAAUAACACAAAAUUUAUUGAGAUAUUUCAAAAAAUGAGAAACAAAAAAAUCGCAGUUACUGCUAUUAUGUUUCUAGCUUAUAAUAUCAUAUACUCUAUACUUUGUAAUACAAAUGCAAUUCAUGUAUAUCAAAAUAAAAAUCUAAUAUAUAAUGAUUAUUUUAUUGAGCAUUUUUUUAUUCAACAGUUAAGAACAAAUUUGAAAAAUAUUUAUAAAUAA